AUGGCAAGAGAGAGAUUAUCGAGUGGGAUAAAACCGAUGCUUUCGAGAGCCUCUCGGUCGUUGGAUAGUACACUAGAGUUAUAUGUCGAGGCUCUCAAUCAAUUCACGAACCUACAACAGGGUAAGGUAAAAGCCCCAGUAGCUGCUCAGGAACCAGUACCUGCCCACUCUGUGUAUUUGCCUAUCUAUAUUCAAAAAUGCAGAUAUACAAAUACAUGUAGUGAGCAGGUACUGGUUCCUGAGCAGCUACUGGGGCUCUUACCUUACUACCUAAAAAUUCAGAAACACAUUUUCACCCCAGAAGUAAAUAAAUUAUUAGUCUCAGCAACCAUCGUUCUUCUUAUAGAUUAUUGUUGUCUUAUACUCAUUGGUUCUACUGCAGAAAAUGAUUUAAAACUACAGCGUGCUAUAAAUAGUGCAAUAAGGUUCAUAUUCAAGUUAAAGUGUGAUAAACACAUUACUCCUCAUAGACGUGAAUUAAAAUGGCUUUCGAUAAAUUCUAGACGUACUUAUUUUUUGGCUACAUAUUUUUAUAAAUUGUUAUCGAGUGGAAAACCAAACUAUUCAAGAGAUUUAUUUAAUGUUGAUGAAUCUAGACGAUCUGAAAGAUUGGCAAUUAAAGAUAAUAAUGUAAAUUUGUUAAUUCCAAACUACAAUACUUCUUUUCUCGAAAGCUCAUUUAUAAUUUCAGCGAUUCGUCUCUGGCAAAAAUUGCCACCAGAGAUAUUAAAUGCAACUUCCUUAAAAGUAUUUAAGAAGAAAUUGUAA